AUGGGCGCACCGAGGCUCCGCGCGCCGUCGGUGGCACUGGGACUGCUGCUGGGUGCGGUGCUGGGACGCCUGGGCCCGGCUGAGGGCAGCGGUCGCGGCGGCCCGGGGGUGUUGGGGCAGCCUUCCGGGGUCGCCACCGAGCGCCUGUGUCCCGCUCCCUGCCGCUGCCUCAGGGACCUCCUGGACUGCAGCCGCCAGCGGCUGGCGCGCCUUCCCGAGUCGCUCCCGCCCUGGGUCGCUCGCCUGGACUUGAGUCACAACAGAUUGUCUUUCAUCAAGGCAAAUUCCAUGAGCCACCUUCAAAAUCUUCGAGAAGUGAAACUGAACAACAAUGAAUUGGAGACCAUUCCAAAUCUAGGACCAGUCUCAGCAAAUAUUACACUUCUGUCCUUGACAGAUAACAUGUUUAUCGUCACGCAUUGA